GGAAGUAAGAGGGCGGCCGGCAGCCGGGCAAUUGCUUUGCGAGGCUGGGUGUUGAGCCGAGCCGCGGGAAAGGCGCGUGUCGGUUUCUCACUGGCGCAGCCUGCACCGCCGCUGCAGCCCCGCCCCGCCCUGGCGUUGUCCCUGGCCCUGUGGCGGACUAACCACGGCCCGGGCAUAGGCGGCAAGGGAGACGCGAGCGGUGCGUGUGCCGCGGCUGCGCUGCCGGUGACAGGAGUUUGCUAUAAAAUGGGAGUUCUGAUUGUACUCACUGUUCUGUGGCUGUUCUCCUCAGUAAAGGCCGACUCAAAAGCCAUUACAACCUCUCUUACAACAAAAUGGUUUUCCACUCCACUGUUGUUAGAAGCCAGUGAGUUUUUAGCAGAAGACAGUCAAGAGAAAUUUUGGAAUUUUGUAGAAGCCAGUCAAAAUAUUGGAUCAUCAGAUCAUCACGGUACUGAUUAUUCCUAUUAUCAUGCAAUACUGGAAGCUGCAUUUCAGUUUCUGUCACCUCUCCAGCAGAAUUUGUUGAAAUUUUGUCUGUCUCUUCGUUCCUACUCAGCUACGAUCCAAGCCUUCCAGCAGAUAGCAGCUGAUGAACCUCCACCAGAAGGAUGUAAUUCGUUUUUUUCCGUGCAUGGAAAGACGACUUGUGAAUCUGAUACCCUGGAGACUCUUCUACUGACAGCCUCUGAAAGACCCAAACCUUUAUUGUUCAAAGGAGAUCACAGAUAUCCAUCAUCUAAUCCUGAAAGCCCAGUGGUGAUUUUCUACUCUGAGAUUGGCUCUGAGGAAUUUUCUAAUUUUCACCGCCAACUUAUAUCAAAAAGCAAUGCAGGCAAAAUCAAUUAUGUAUUCAGACAUUAUAUAUUUAAUCCCAGGAAGGAGCCUGUUUACCUCUCUGGCUAUGGUGUGGAAUUGGCCAUUAAGAGCACUGAGUACAAGGCCAAGGAUGAUACUCAGGUGAAAGGAACUGAGGUAAACACCACAGUGAUUGGUGAAAAUGAUCCUAUUGAUGAGGUUCAGGGAUUCUUCUUUGGAAAAUUAAGAGAUCUACACCCCGACCUGGAGGGACAGUUGAAAGAGCUCAGAAAGCAUCUUGUGGAGAGCACCAAUGAAAUGGCACCUUUAAAAGUUUGGCAGUUGCAAGAUCUCAGUUUCCAGACUGCUGCUCGAAUCUUGGCUUCUCCUGUUGAGUUGGCUCUGGUUGUUAUGAAGGAUCUUAGUCAGAAUUUUCCUACCAAAGCCAGAGCAAUAACAAAAACAGCUGUGAGCUCAGAACUUAGAACCGAAGUGGAAGAGAAUCAGAAGUAUUUCAAGGGAACUUUAGGAUUACAACCUGGAGAUUCAGCCCUCUUCAUCAAUGGACUUCACAUUGAUUUAGAUACACAGGAUAUAUUCAGUCUGUUUGAUGUGUUGAGGAAUGAAGCUCGGGUCAUGGAGGGUCUGCAUAGGUUGGGAAUAGAAGGCCUUUCUCUGCAUAAUGUUUUGAAGCUGAACAUCCAGCCCUCUGAGGCAGACUAUGCAGUAGACAUCCGGAGUCCUGCUAUUUCAUGGGUCAACAACCUGGAGGUUGAUAGCAGAUAUAAUUCGUGGCCUUCUAGUUUACAAGAGUUGCUUCGACCCACCUUUCCUGGUGUUAUUCGGCAGAUCAGGAAAAACUUACAUAAUAUGGUUUUCAUAGUUGAUCCUGCACAUGAGACCACAGCAGAGUUGAUUAACAUAGCCGAGAUGUUCCUUAGUAAUCAUAUACCACUAAGAAUUGGUUUUAUCUUUGUGGUUAAUGACUCUGAAGAUGUUGAUGGGAUGCAAGAUGCUGGAGUGGCUGUUCUUAGAGCGUAUAAUUACGUUGCCCGAGAGGUGGACGAUUAUCAUGCCUUCCAGACUCUGACACAAAUCUAUAACAAGGUGAGGACUGGAGAAAAAGUGGAAGUUGAACAUGUGGUCAGUGUCCUGGAGAAGAAAUAUCCGUAUGUAAAAGUGAAUAGCAUUUUGGGGAUUGAUUCUGCUUAUGAUCAGAAUCGGAAGGAAGCAAGAGGCUACUAUGAGCAGACUGGGGUUGGACCCCUGCCCGUUGUGCUGUUCAAUGGAAUGCCCUUUGAAAGGGAACAGCUAGACCCUGAUGAGUUAGAAACCAUCACAAUGCAUAAAAUCCUGGAGACCACCACCUUCUUCCAAAGAGCAGUGUACUUGGGUGAAGUGCCCCCUGAUCAAGACGUGGUAGAGUAUAUCAUGAAUCAGCCAAACGUCGUUCCACGAAUCAAUUCUAGGAUUUUGACAGCUGAACGAGACUACCUGGAUUUAACAGCGAGUAAUAACUUCUUUGUGGAUGAUUAUGCUAGAUUUACUAUCUUGGAUUCCCCAGGCAAGACUGCUGCUGUAGCCAAUAGUAUGAACUAUCUGACAAAGAAAGGAAUGUCUUCCAAGGAAAUCUAUGAUGAUUCUUUUAUUAGGCCAGUCACUUUUUGGAUUGUUGGGGAUUUUGAUAGCCCUUCUGGACGGCAGUUACUGUAUGAUGCCAUCAAACAUCAGAAAUCCAGUAACAAUGUUAGAAUAAGCAUGAUCAAUAAUCCUGCCAAAGAGAUAAGCCACGAGAACACUCAGAUCUCCAGAGCAAUCUGGGCAGCUCUCCAAACUCAGACUUCCAACGCUGCUAAGAACUUCAUCACCAAAAUGGCCAAGGAGGGGGCUGCAGAGGCCCUGGCUGCAGGAGCUGACAUUGCGGAGUUCUCUGUUGGGGGAAUGGAUUUCAGUCUUUUUAAAGAGGUCUUUGAGUCUUCCAAAAUGGAUUUCAUUUUGUCUCAUGCCGUGUACUGCAGGGAUGUUCUGAAGCUGAAGAAGGGACAGAGGGCAGUGAUCAGCAAUGGAAGGAUCAUUGGGCCACUGGAGGAUAGUGAGCUCUUUAAUCAAGACGAUUUCCACCUCCUCGAAAAUAUCAUCUUAAAAACCUCAGGACAGAAAAUAAAAUCUCAUAUUCAACAGCUUCGGGUAGAAGAAGAUGUGGCAAGUGACUUGGUAAUGAAGGUGGAUGCUCUCCUGUCAGCACAACCCAAAGGAGAUGCAAGAAUCGAGUACCAGUUUUUUGAAGACAGACACAGUGCAAUUAAACUGAGGCCGAAGGAAGGGGAGACGUACUUUGAUGUCGUGGCUGUCGUUGACCCUGUCACCAGAGAAGCACAGAGACUUGCUCCCUUGCUCUUGGUUUUGGCUCAGCUGAUAAACAUGAAUCUGAGAGUAUUUAUGAACUGCCAAUCCAAACUUUCCGACAUGCCUUUAAAAAGCUUUUACCGUUAUGUGUUAGAACCAGAGAUUUCUUUCACUUCAGACAAUAGUUUUGCUAAGGGUCCAAUAGCAAAAUUUUUGGAUAUGCCUCAGUCUCCACUGUUCACUCUGAACCUGAACACACCUGAGAGCUGGAUGGUAGAAUCUGUCAGAACACCAUAUGAUCUUGACAAUAUUUAUUUAGAAGAGGUGGACAGUAUAGUGGCUGCUGAGUAUGAGCUGGAGUACCUGUUACUGGAAGGUCAUUGCUACGACAUCACCACAGGCCAGCCUCCACGGGGACUGCAGUUUACCUUAGGAACUUCAGCCAACCCGGUCAUCGUGGACACCAUUGUUAUGGCCAAUCUGGGCUACUUUCAGCUGAAAGCCAACCCAGGAGCUUGGAUCCUCAGACUUAGAAAGGGACGCUCUGAAGAUAUUUAUAGAAUUUACAGCCAUGAUGGCACCGAUUCUCCCCCUGAGGCUGAUGAUGUGGUGAUCGUCCUCAACAACUUCAAAAGCAAAAUUAUUAAAGUGAAGGUUCAGAAGAAGGCAGAUAUGGUGAACGAAGACUUGCUGAGUGAUGGAACGAGUGAGAAUGAAUCUGGAUUUUGGGAUUCCUUCAAAUGGGGCUUUACAGGAGGACAGAAGACUGAGGAAAUGAAGCAAGAUAAAGAUGACAUAAUUAAUAUUUUCUCCGUUGCAUCUGGUCAUCUCUACGAAAGAUUUCUUCGCAUAAUGAUGCUAUCCGUGCUGAAGAAUACCAAGACUCCUGUGAAAUUCUGGUUCUUGAAGAAUUACUUGUCCCCCACAUUUAAGGAGUUUAUACCUUACAUGGCAAAUGAAUACAAUUUUCAGUAUGAGCUUGUUCAGUACAAAUGGCCCCGGUGGCUUCAUCAACAGACUGAAAAACAGCGUAUCAUCUGGGGUUACAAGAUCCUCUUCCUGGAUGUACUUUUCCCACUAGUUGUUGACAAGUUCCUGUUUGUGGAUGCUGAUCAGAUUGUCCGAACGGAUCUGAAAGAGUUGAGAGAUUUCAGUUUGGAUGGUGCUCCUUACGGUUACACUCCCUUCUGUGACAGCCGAAGAGAAAUGGACGGCUACAGGUUCUGGAAGUCAGGGUACUGGGCCAGUCAUUUAGCUGGGCGAAAGUAUCAUAUCAGUGCACUAUAUGUUGUGGAUCUGAAGAAGUUUAGGAAAAUAGCUGCUGGUGACAGACUCAGGGGACAGUACCAAGGUCUGAGUCAGGACCCUAACAGCCUUUCAAAUCUUGAUCAAGAUCUGCCCAAUAACAUGAUUCAUCAGGUGCCAAUUAAAUCCCUCCCUCAAGAAUGGCUUUGGUGUGAAACGUGGUGUGAUGACGCCUCUAAGAAAAGGGCAAAAACCAUUGAUUUGUGUAAUAAUCCAAUGACCAAAGAGCCCAAACUGGAAGCAGCCGUGCGAAUUGUCCCAGAGUGGCAGGACUACGACCAAGAGAUCAAACAGCUCCAGCUCCGCUUUCAGAAGGAGAAAGAAACGGGAACGCUGUACAAAGAGAAGACAGAAGAGCCCAGCCGAGAAGGUCCUCAGAAACGUGAAGAAUUAUGAUCUCUGGAGAAGGACAGGAAAUUACCCCAUUUGAAAAACAGUUUUUAUACUAAAUAUUAGUUUUUUCUGAUCUGUCUAUACAACUGCUGAUAAACUGGCUGGGCAAGAAUGCCACACCUUUGAUUCUGAGCAUUUGAUUCUGACUUCUGCACUCUGGUGGCCGCUGGAUCUUUGGGAUUAAAGCUCCAUUGGAAUUGUACCUCAGAGGAAGACCAAGUGGCUGAUCUUCUGGACUCUGUAAAGAGCAUUCUUCUAGCCAGAGGGUGGAAUGGCAGCAGCAACUGGAAGAAAAUGGGUUUUUUGGUGCCCACACCCAAGAGCGCACACAUGCUGCAGUGUCUCAGAAAGCAGGGCCAGCUAAAGCCGCCAUGUUCUUCCUUACCUCAGUUUACCUGCAGCCUGCGCUGCACUGCAGAUGCCCAUGCUCCCCAGGGUCUGGCCGGCAGAAGCUCUGUCCAAGGUCCACACAUCUCCAGGUUGAUGCCAACAUGCUCCUUGUGCCCUCCCCACUUUCUCUUCCCACGAAUUAGGUGCAUUGUUUAACUGAAAUCCAACUGACAGCAGUGUGUUAAGGCUGGUUCGGUGCAGUGGCUCGGCAAAUUAAUUUUGGGCCGGGAUGGCGGUGGGUUGCAGUGAGGGUAGGGAAAAUAUCAGGAGUAGGAACGUUCUGGGGGUUAUGGGAAGGGAAGGAAGACCAGAACUGGCCAUCCUGUUUUUUAAUCCAUUAGUAGCACCAUGGCUCAUUUGAAAUGAAAAUGUUACACUUAUUCCCCACCCAACCACAGUGAACUUUCUAGGAAAUUGUUUUGAAAACAAAUUUUGUAUCUGUGAAAGUCUUUGCUUUUUCUUUCCACUUUCUAGAAAAGUCUGUUACCAGUUUCCUUACUGGAUACAGCCAUACUCAACCUCCCUCGUAUCCAGCCCAUCAGGAUCAGGGUCAGGCUCCCUCAAGACGAGCAUCGCAUUGUCUCCCCUCUCCUGCACAGGAUUUUCUCUCAGACCCAGGGGACAUUGCCUUGGACUUUCCUCUACAAAUGCCCUCAGAUCUAAGACCAGGAAUGAUUCUGCUUGUGGAACGUGUGGCUUUCUGUCCUAUUUUCCUUUUAUUUGAGCACUGCAGGUUAUCUUUGGCGCCCACAGCAGUUCUGUCUUCAUGUCUCUGCGUCAUGAAGCCCCGUUUGCCUUUAGUCCCUGCUUUGUGUGUCUUCACUUCCACGGCCGGUGUUGCCCCUCGGGGCAGCCUGUGCUGGUGAACGGGCUGUCGAGUCUUGGGUAUGUUAUUGGCCUGAGUGGGCGUGAGGCCCCGGCAUCUGACUCCAUCUGCCAGGCUGCAGGGCACAGCAGCACUGGCAUAGAGAGGCACGCUCUGUCUUCCAAUGUGCACCAGCCUUUUCUUACAUAUUUUGCCUGUUUUUAAAAAAUAGGAGAGGGUGCAGAUGGAUAGCUGUGCCCUCACCCUUCUAAGCCAGGUAAUACAUUGAUGUGCAGACUUUUUAAGAAAUCUUAAGUUUUAUCACAAAUAUCAAGUAAUUUAUUUUUUCCAUUUUCAAAUACAAAAGUUAGCCUAGGAAGCCUCCCAGUCAUCCCGAAGGACCUUUUGACUUUGCUUUUAUAAUUCAAUAAAAAAUUGAGGAGGGGAUUAAUGGGUACAAUGAAAACAAAACAAAAAAAAAAUUAAGGAGAGGAGAGCUCAAAAGAGGAUAAGAGACUGAAAAGGCGCCUCAGAAUGGCUGCUGUGGGCAGAGUCUGUGGCAUGACUUUUCCCGCCCUGCCCCUCUGGUCAGAGCAGCUGAGAGAUGGAAUCAGUGAGAUUAAAAAACUUUUGUUUGGCCGGGCGCGGUGGCUCACGCCUGUAAUCCCAGCUCUUUGGGAGGCCGAGGCCGGUGGAUCACGAGGUCAGGAGUUCAAGACCAGCCUGGCCAAUAUGGUGAAACCCCGUCUCUACUAAAAAUACAAAAAUUAGCUGGGUGUGGUGGCUCACGCCUGUAUUCCUAGCUACUCAGGAGGCAGAGACAGGAGAAUCGCUUGAACCCGGGAGGCAGAGGUUGCAGUGAGCUGAGAUCGCACCACUGCAUUCCAGUCUGGGUGACAGAGCAAAACUCCGUCUCAGAAAACAAACAAACAAAACCUUUUGUUCAAGCUGCGUCUUCACAUUGAAUGAAGCAUUCAGAGAGGUGGCUGCUGCUGCUGUCCACAAGUGUGGGCAGAAGGGUGCCUUUUCCCGGUUUCUCGUCCAGGAGGUUGAACGGGAAAUCCUCAAAUCGCUGAGGUGUAUGUUUUCCAGAUGCUGGCCCCCAUGGCACCUUUCCCCAUGUCUUUCUACCAAGCCUCUUAUGUUUGUUCUAUGCAAGGAAGACAAAGAGUAGACCAUGUUCUCUGUGUGCUGUGUGUGCUGGUGUCACUCAUUGCCUCUUCUCUGUCACCACCCGGACGAAAGUCAGCUGAAUAGUUGACUCUGAAUAAUGCAGGCCCCAGCUUGCUUCCAGAAUGGUCCAGGACCCUCCUCCUCCUGCCAGUUUCUUUUUUGGUUCAUAUGGCAUAAUCAUCUUUCAAAAUUAACUGAAUGCCCCAGAAAAUGAUGUUACCACUAAAAUAUUGUCUCCAGGAAGGCACACUGUAACGGAAAAGAUAGGUAAGAGAUUUUUUUCCCGAGAAGUAAGAAUUGAUUGUGUUGAAUGUUCAAAGUCUGGAAACUGUUCACAGUAUGUUGUUCUUAGCUAUUAUUUAUAUAUAAUGAAUUAUUUUCUCUCUCAAUCAUGCCAUAGUGGAGACUUUUGUUUCUGAAUAAGUGACAGAGUAAUAUGAAGUACUGUGAUACGUCAGAGUGACAUGCAGCACCAUGAGCCUGUUUUUGUGUUCUGUGAGCAAGUGGCGUUUGACUGAGAUCAAAGCCUGUCACAGCUGCUGCUGGGGGUGUGGGGAUAUGCCAGAGUCCUGUGUUUGGUUUUAGAACUUUACUGAAUGUUUCCCACAUGGAGAGUAAUGGAUGGCAUGUGAGUUUCU